GGCUUCAUCGGCGACGUCUCUGUCCAACAUGGAGUACAGAGGGGAGAAAAAAAAAGGCAGGACCACCCUAAAAACUUGGAUACGCUCAAUUUGAUGUAGUUUAACUUUCCGGAUACACACACGAUGGACGCCUGGCUUUAAACGGCACUCUCACGAACGUAGGACGCCAUUUAGAGUGUCACUCAGCUUGUUUUUUUUUUUUUGUGCACCCACGCGAACCGGCGAGAUGCAAAAGUGUCACAACUAUUAAACAACAACAACAUUGUCCGCACAAUAGAAGGCCACAGCAAAUCGGGAAGUAAUUCUCGGGAACCAUUACGUGUAACCGUGACCGCCCUCGGUUAUUUUCGGGUUUUUGGGUGAAAGGUGACACCGCUGCGUGUGUUUACUUGAGAAUGCACAAUGCAGCGAGUGUGUCAGCCUCUCUGGGCUCCAUGGCCCUGCUGCGUCUCAUCGGGGUGUCCUGGCCCUGGAGUCUGAUGGCGGGACUCGGGCUGUACUUGGGCACCAGCAGCUGGAAGUAUUUCUACAUCGCGGCGCGGACCGCCAAGAGAGAUGUCACAGGCCUGUGCGUGCUACUGAGAGUCAAGCUGGCGCUGUGGCGCUACAUGCGCGACGGCAGCAACAUCCUCACCAUGUUUGCCCAGACGGUGAAACGCAACCCGAACAAGAUUGCGCUGAUCUACGAGGCCACGGGGGAAGCGUGGACGUUCACCCAGCUGGACCAAGUGUCCAACUCGGUGGCCAACUGGGCCAGAGGUCAGGGCUGGAUCACUGGAGACGUGGUGGCCCUCUUCAUGGAAAGCCGACCGUUGCAGGUGGCGCUCUGGCUGGGCUUGGCCAAGGUCGGCGUGGAAGCGGCUCUCAUCAACUUCAACCUCCGCAAGGACACCCUCCUGCACUGCAUCAGGGUGUCUCGGUCUCGGGCUAUCGUGUUUGGAGCUGAGCUUGCUGAUGCCGUGUUAGAGGUCAGCGCCUGCCUCGAUCAGUCCAUGUUGAGGUUUUGUACCGGAGACCUCAGCACUCAUCACGGGGCCUAUCUGGGUGCUACGCUCCUGGAUCCAAUUUUAGCGUCAACAUCGAGGCACUACCCUUUACCUUGUGUUAAACAUAAAGGCAUGAACGACCGUUUGUUUUACAUCUACACCUCUGGCACCACAGGACUACCCAAGGCUGCUAUUAUCGUACAUAGUAGGUACUACAGAAUCACCGCUUUCGGCUACUAUGCUUUUCGCAUGCGCCCGGAUGACAUCAUCUACGACUGUCUUCCUCUUUAUCACUCUGCAGGUAACAUCAUGGGAGUCGGCCAAAGUCUGAUCCACGGUGUCACUGUCGUCGUCAAGAAGAAAUUCUCCGCAAGUCGAUUCUGGGAUGAUUGUAUCAAGUACAACUGCACUGUGGUCCAGUAUAUCGGCGAAAUCUGCCGCUACCUGCUGUCUCAGCCAGUGCGGCCGUCAGAAAAGGCCCAUAAGGUUCGCUUGGCCAUUGGAAACGGUCUGCGUCCCAGCGUGUGGGAAGCCUUUACCCAGCGUUUCGGGGUGGCGCAGAUCGGCGAGUUCUACGGAGCGACCGAGUGCAACUGUAGCAUCGCCAACUUGGACGGCAAGGUGGGGGCCUGUGGAUUUAACAGUCGCAUUCUGCCCAAUGUUUACCCCAUCCGUCUGGUCAAAGUGGAUGAGGACACGAUGGAGUUGGUUCGGAAUAGCCGGGGCCUCUGUGUGCCCUGUCAACCUGGUGAGCCGGGGCUCCUGGUGGGGCGCAUCAACCAAAAGGAUCCGCUGAGACGCUUUGAUGGCUACGUUAACCACGACGCCACGAGCAAGAAAAUAGCCCAAAAUGUCUUCAAGAAAAACGACUCAGCCUAUUUGUCAGGUGACGUCUUAGUGAUGGAUGACUUGGGCUACAUGUAUUUCCGCGACCGCAGCGGCGACACGUUCCGCUGGCGGGGAGAGAAUGUGUCUACCACCGAAGUGGAAGGCAUACUGAGCAGUCUCUUGGAUCAGACUGAUGUGGCCGUGUACGGCGUGACGGUGCCAGGUGUCGAAGGGAAGGCGGGCAUGGCCGCCAUCACGGACACUGAUGGCACUUUCGACUGCGACGCCUUCCUGCAGAAGAUCCAAACCGCUCUCCCGCCGUACGCUCGGCCAGUGUUCCUACGACUGUCGCCGUGCGUUGACACCACAGGGACCUUCAAAAUCCAGAAAACCAGGCUGCAGAGGGAGGGCUACGACCCUCGCCUCACAAGCGACCGGAUCUACUUCUUAAACGUAAAAGUCGGGCGCUAUGUUGCGAUGGACGACAAGCUCUACUUUGCCAUAAUGGAGGCCAGAGUUCAUUUAUGACAUGGAAGUCUGGAAUUUCAACCCUUCAGGGAACAGAGUUGACACGACCCCUCACCAAGGCAGCACUGUUAAAGGUGAUUCCAUUUUUUAAAUUUUUUUUACAUUUUUUUUCUAAACACUGUAGGAGUCAUAUGCCGCGGCACCUGAGGACAUUUAUUACCUCUUCCACCUCACAGAGCCUUCGCCGCACCUACUUGAGGGGCCAUCUUGACAAAGGAGGAUAGUAAGGUGGCUGGGUCAACUUUGAAACAGGGAAAUACGAUUUACUCUUGUAGGAUUAAGCGACGCCAUUAAGGGAGUUGUUGGUCAAAUAGACAAAUACUAAUGGUUUUAAUGCUGUGGAUGAAAAAAAAAAACUAAUCCAUCUUCAUGUCCACAUGACUCAAAAGCAAUAAUUGUUAACGUGCCUUAGAUUUAAAAAAAAAAUGUAAACAAGUUUUCUGUCUGGAGUUUUGUGCAAAAAGGACUUCAAAAGAAAAUGUCACCUUUUUGGGCUCUCAUAUCAUCAGCAAGUGGUAAAGAUUUAAUAUAUAAAUCCUUCAGAUGACAGCUUUUGUGUGAAAUCCAAUUAAAAAUCCUAUCCUAAAGCA